CCUCGCCCCAAGUGCGGCUCCGGGCCCGCCCCUCCCGGCGGGGUGCGGCGCUCAGGCCACUGUCGCCCGGAAGACGCUGCCCGCGGAUGCCGGGGUCCGUGGCGCUGGGCGCGGCGGCGGUCGCGGUGGUGGGCGCGCUGCUCCUCCUGCGGCAGGAGGACGCGGGGCCCGGGGUUGACCUCAGCAUGGCCGAGACCCAGCAGCUGCCGAAGCUUCGGGAAGACUUCAGGAUGCAAAAUAAAUCUGUCCUCAUCCUGGGUGCCAGCGGGGAAACUGGCAAAGCGCUCUUAAAAGAAACUCUGGAACAGAACCUGUUUCCCAAAGUCACGCUCAUUGGCCGGAGGAAGCUCACCUUCCAGGAGGAGGCUUAUAAAAACGUGAAUCAAGAAGUGGUGGACUUUGAGAAGCUGGAUGACUACACUUCUGCAUUUCAAGGUCACGAUGUUGGAUUUUGUUGCCUGGGCACCACCAGAGCAAAAGCUGGAGCGGAAGGAUUUGUCCGCGUUGACCGAGAUUAUGUGCUGAAGUCCGCAGAGCUGGCAAAAAGUGGAGGUUGCAAACACUUCAACUUGGUGUCCUCUGGAGGAGCCGACACAUCAAGCAAAUUUUUGUGUUUACAAGUUAAGGGAGAAACAGAAGCCAGGGUUGAAGAAUUAAAAUUUGAUCGUUACUCAGUAUUUAGGCCUGGACUUCUGUUAUGUGACAGGCAAGAAUCUCGCCCAGGUGAAUGGUUGGCCAGGAAAUUCUUCGGCUCCUUACCAGACUCCUGGGCCAGUGGCCUCUCAGUGCCAGUGGGGACUGUGGCGAGAGCCAUGCUGAACAACAUGGUGAGACCCGGCAGCAAGCAGAUGGAAGUGCUGGGAAACAAGGCCAUACACGCCCUGGGGAAAGCCGACAGCUCGCUCAAGCCAUGACCAAGCUGGAGAAAUGCUUUUCCCUGCAAAUCUCGACACUUACCAAUCUAUAAUUUCAGGGUCUAAGAAAAUAUUUGUAUACUUUACCUUUGUUCUUUCACUGUUCUUAUCCCCAAGGAUCUGUGCUCUGUCGCAUGGGUUUAGAGCAUCGUUAUAACAUAGGUCACUCAGGGAGCUUUGGGAAAGUGGAGAUUUGUUGCCACUUUCCCAUACCCUCUGGUCAGAAUUUUGGGGUUGUGGGCAUGGGAAUCUAUACUUCUCUUGUUUAAAAUUCCCUUCAUUGGGAACCAGUGUGGAAAGGGUCGUUUGCAGUUUCACAGUGGCAGUGUAAACAUUAUGUACCGUGUGGAUGAGUGCUGUUCUAAAGUUGCUCACAUCACAGCCCUUUGAGUUACACAAAUGCUCAUUAAUGCUCUGUACGUGGGUAGGUGAACAUGAUGCCUUUACUGCUUCUUUAGAAUGUACUA